AUGGCGACCUUGUUCAGUCUCAUCACAUGCCUGGACUACUUGGAACGUGCUUAUGUGCGUGGGGCGGUGCAUGAAGAAGCAUACGCGACGCAAUGCUCGCGACUCUUGGGGCAGUAUAAGACUGUGAUCAAGCUGAUCACGGACCCAAGUCAGCCUCCUGCCUAUCGGUUCCACGAUGUGCAUGCAUUUAUGCAGCACUUCCACAUGGAUCACCCAGCGGCAGCACACCGACUCGCACUUGGCAUUCCUGCGACGAUCGAGCACGGAGGUAAUGAAACUACGGGCCCAGCAUCUCAGGGCGUAGGGGCGCAAAUUGUCGCCGAGACAACACAAAACUUUAUCACAUUGAUGGACGCGCUCAAGCUCCAAAUGCGAGCGAAAGAUCAACUGCACCCUCUAUUGAGUGAUGUGCUGAGUGCAUACACGAAAGCAGGCACGAACUCGGGCGAGUCGCGUGAGAAGCUUCUUGAAUGGUGCGUAGGCACAUGCAGCUGCUCGAUGUGUGACGAUCGACUCACACACCAUAUACAGGCUCAUUCGGUUAAAUCGACUCAGUGCGAGUGA